AUGGCUUCAACAGGCUCGAAAGUGGCUCGUAUACUCCUCGCGGCCAUCAUCGCAUUGCUCUGUCUUAACCUGCUCAAACCCUUCUUCCGGGAUAUGACUCUAGCCCACUUCGCACUACCAAGCUCAGCCGCCCCGCCAGAUCUCGAAUUCCAGAUUCCCACCAAACUGCCAGGCCGGGUCGUCCCGGUGGGUGAGCGGCACCCCAUUAGCCGCCACCUUGCUGAGUAUACGCGCAUCGGCAAGAUGAUUGACGGGUCCUUGGUGGCGGCAUUCGGCUGCGAGGACGAGAAUGAGGCUGACGUGCGUGCGAUGUGUUGGUCGCGAUCCGCAGAUGUCGGCUUGACUUGGACCGACGGUAGCGAGGUAAUAAGAGCCAGUAAUCAAACGACCGAUCUUGACAAUGCCUCGAUAUUGCAACUACCCAGCGGCAGAAUCUUGUACGCCUACCGCCACCACGACAGGCUAGGAAAUGACCCCCACAUCCCGCUCGUGGAUGCCCAGUGGCAAUACACGUAUUUCCGACUGGAGGUGGCAGCUUCAGAUGACGGCGGCAAGACCUGGAGCCACCUGAGCACGAUCGAAGAGCAGGAAGAAGACGGGCUGUGGGAGCCCUUGUUCCGCUUGGCGGAUGAUGGAUCGAUACAGGUCUACUACACUCAUGAGACGUCGCCAAGCGAGCAGAACAACUUCAUGAAAUUCUCACGAAGCGAGGGCCGCACCUGGUCGAAACCAAUCCAGGUAUCAGGAGCCGGCGUCCGCUCGCGCGACGGCAUGGUGGGCGUGACAAGCCUGGGAGGCGGCGAGCUGGUCGCCGUCUUCGAGGAGUCAGCCGAGGGCCCGCUCAGCAUCUCCGCCGUCAAGUCCCACGACGACGGCAAGACGUGGCCGCCCUCCUCCCGGGUGAAGCUGCACCGGCCCCGGGUCGGGGUUCACCCUUGGCCCAUCGCCUCAGCGCCGUCUGUCACCAACGUCGGGGGCACGCUGAUCGUUGCGUUUCAGACGGACGAGGACCUACCACCGCCGGAGGCCAACAGCCGGCUUGGAAUGAUCUUGAAGAUCAUCACUAGUGUUGAUGGAGGGAACACAUGGGGAGAAGCCCAGAGUAUCCCGGAUUUCCCGCGCAUCCUCUGGCCAAUGAUGGCGACUAUCAACGAUACUCACUUUCUGAUGGUCUUCAACGUAGGCUAUAGAAACGGCGGAUUCGCGCAGAUGUUUAUGAUCACAGAAUGA